GCACUCGGUGCAGAAAGUAAGACCCACUCAGUCCAUUGCGGGCUCUCAGAUACUGGUGUGCAGACGAUUCGAAACGUCUAGUGAAAGACGGACACGGAAGUGUUGAGUGCAGAAAAGUUACUUACAUCCCCGUGAAAUGUUCGGCUGAAAAACGAGUGGAAAGUGGAGGGUUUCAGUGACUGUGUUUCUGGAUUUUUUUGGAAUAAAUUCGAGCAAGAUGGUCGGGCUAAAAAUCGUCGACGAACUCCUCAACAAAUCUUUCUACAAGUUGGGCCUGUUGGUGGGCCGCCACCCCGGCUACUUCCUCAUCGUACCCGUCCUCCUCACCCUUCUCGGCAUCACUGGCUUCCAGAGAAUCCACACCAACAUCGACCCGGAGUACCUCUUCAGUCCUGUCAACGGCGAGGGCAAAAUCGAGCGCGCCAUCGUCGAGAGCUUCUUCAAAGUGAACUACACAACUCGAUUCAAUGUGGCGAGGAUAACGAGAGCAGGUCGCUUCGGAAGAGUUAUUGUUACGUCGAAGGAUGGCAACAAGAAUCUCCUCCGAACGGUCAUCUGGAAGGAACUGAGACUUCUMGAUAACAUCAUCCAGAAUAUGACAGUUUACCACGAUUUCCAGUACUUUACUUAUAAGGAUAUUUGUGCCAAAUGGAUGUCGGAGUGCUUCCAAAACGACAUCCUCAAUCUCGACUACAUCAUGGAUGAGGUCGAAACCGGGGCCCUCAACUUGACUUUUCCCUUAAUGUUCAACCCUGUUACUUGGGACGCCCACGCAUUUCCAGUCUUCUUCGGUGGAACGCAAGUCAGUGAAGAUGGACUCAUAAUAAGUGUUCCUUCGGUCCAACUAGUUUAUUUCGGAAAUGCAGACACCAAAAAGUUGGACGAAAUGGGCUCAGCUUGGGAAGACGCUUUCUUGGACUCUGUGGGCAAAGCCCAAGACGAUGGGCUUUUCAAACAUAUAAGAAUCGCGAGGUUUGCAUCUAGGACGCUAGACCACGAGCUUGAGAAAAACACCAGAUCCGUUAUUCCGUAUUUUACGUCAACGUUUCUCGUCAUGGCAAUUUUUUCAAUCGUAACUUGUAUGAUGACAGAUUGGGUCCGUUCUAAACCUUGGUUAGGUCUUUUGGGGAAUUUGAGUGCCGCAAUGGCAACAUUAUGUGCUUUCGGUGUCUGCAUGUAUGCCGGAGUCGAUUUUAUUGGAAUUAAUCUAGCAGCACCAUUUUUAAUGAUUGGUAUUGGUAUUGACGACACUUUCGUAAUGUUGGCCGCUUGGCGCCGGACUUCGAUCAAAACCUCGGUCCCGGAAAGAAUGGCACAAAUGUUAAGCGAAGCUGCGGUUUCAAUAACCAUAACUUCAGUCACCGAUUUCUUCAGUUUCUGGAUCGGAAUUUUCAGUCCUUUUCCCUCAGUCACAAUCUUUUGCAUUUAUUCGGGAGCCGCGACUUGCUUCCUCUUUGUGUGGCACUUGACCUUUUUCGCCGCUUGUGUCGCAAUUUCGGGCUAUUGUGAGCAGAAGAAUCUCCAUGCCAUCGCUUGUGUGAAAGUGCAACCGUUAUCAAAGUCACAGCACAGAUGGUGGCUUUACCGCGUGUUCUGCUCCGGAGGAGUGGAUCCGGACGAUAUGGACAACCCCAUCGACAACCAAGAGCAUGGAAUGAUGGUGUUUUUCCGGGACUAUUUCGCUACGUUCCUCAAUUAUGGUCUAGUCAAAGUUAUCAUUAUUCUCAUCUUUGGGGUUUAUUUAUUGGGUGCUGGGUAUGGGGUCACGCAGAUUGAAGAAGGACUCGAACGAAGAAAAGUUGCGAAAAAUGACUCUUACGCAAUCGAAUUCUUCGACCGAGAAGACGACUAUUAUCGCGAAUUUCCCUAUCGAAUACAGGUUGUAGUUGCCGGCGAGUAUGAUUAUUCCGACCCGGAAAUACAAAGACAAGUCGAGAAUCUAACCCAGACUUUCGAAAACACUUCCUAUGUGUCGAACACGCUGUAUACGGAGUCGUGGUUGAGAAGCUUCGUACAGUACGCUGAACGAAAUGAAGAUUUUUUGAACAUCUCGAUCAAGACGAAAGAAGGAUUUAUUACAGCUCUGAAAGAAUUCUGGCUGGCUCCCACCAGCCCUUUUUCCCUCGAUGUGAAAUUCAAUGACGCCGGAGACUCAAUAGUCGGCAUGCGAUUUCUCAUUCAAGCCGUCAACAUCUCCGGCACCGAACACGAGAAGGAAAUGGUGCGAGCCUUGCGAAAAAUCUGCAAAGAGUCUCCACUCAACGUCAGUGUCUUCCACCCUUACUUCGUUUUCUUUGACCAGUUCGAGCUAGUCCGGCCCUUAUCCAUCCAAAACAUGAUCGUGGGGGCUGGAGUUAUGAUGGUGGUGUCGUUCAUUUUCAUCCCGAAUAUCCUGUGCUCUUUGUGGGUGGCCUUCAGCAUACUUUCCAUAGAAGCAGGAGUGGUGGGAUAUAUGGCCUUGUGGCAUGUCAAUCUCGACUCAAUUUCGAUGAUCAACUUGAUAAUGUGCAUAGGGUUCAGUGUUGACUURACAGCUCACAUUUGUUACGCUUACAUGUCUUCGACGGCGAAGACACCCGAUGAGAAGGUUCGAGAGUGUCUCUACGCACUUGGACUUCCGAUUUUCCAAGGAGCAGUCAGUACGAUUCUAGGGAUGAUCGCUCUCCUCCUUGCAAAUAACUACAUUUUUGCCGUUUUCUUCAAAAUGGUGUUUUUGGUGGUGUUUUGUGGGGCCAUGCACGGCCUACUACUACUCCCAGUCCUUUUGUCACUCUUCGGACCUGGGUCUUGCACUUCCGGUCAAAAAAAUGAAGACAUCAAAAUGUCAAAUGUUGAAAAAGCGUUACCUCACCCCUACUGUAUCCCCCACCCACAAUUUACCCUCAACGGAAGCAAUCUGGGCAAUAACCUAAAAUGCCAAAAAUUGGAAACAUUGGAAAAGUACACAAAGAAYUCUUUKAAAAAUUACGACAUGGAAAAAGAUCUAGGUUUGGGCACUUCUGAGGAAAAUUCAAGCGAGUCGUCAAGUCACUCAAACAAGAAACCCCCAGUGGAGGAGGAAAUGGUGGAGCGGAGGUACCGGGAGGCUUGGAGGAGGAAUUCGGACACGAUGAGUCAGUUUCACACAUCCCAAGUUUUGGAUAUUUUUGGGAAUGACUCGGAACGGGAAUAUUACCGCAGGUUGGAGGAGAAUAGAAGGAGGUUUUAUGAAAACAAUCCCGAGACGAGGAGGGUCAAUGACCAAAGACACAGGAGGAGGUAUUCACCCCCCGAGCAACGGUAUUACAGGAAUCAAGGAUUAGCGAGAUCGAGUUCGUAUCACAAUAUCGUUCAUCCGAGAUACAUUCAAGAGUUGAGAUUUCCGUGACUUUAGUUGAUUUUUAGUGUGAUAAGUUCCGAACUGUUGAUAAAGUUGUCGAGGUUUUGACGAUGUGCUCAAUGUUCUAGUUAUAAGUUGUACAGAUACGAUUUUGUAUAAAUUAUUUUUGCAUUAAUACGAAAUAAAUAAGACUAAGAAUAAAGUUCGAAUUUUUAUUUA